GCCUAAGGAGGAAGAAAAGAUCCAUCCUGCUAUUGUCAGUCUGCUGGAAGAAUAUAAGGAUCUAUCUGAACCACCUUCAGGGGUAGUGCCCAGACCGAUCCAGCACCGAAUAGAAAUAGAACCUGGCAGUAGAACGCCGAAGGAGCAGUCUACAGGAUGUCUCCCAAAGAGUUAGAGGAGCUACGCAAACAGUUAGAUGAGCUCCUAGAAAAAGGAUGGAUCCGGCCUAGUUCAUCGCCGUUCGGUGCACCUGUUCUGUUUGUCCCAAAGAAGGAGGGAGAGUUGCGCAUGUGUAUUGACUACAGGGGACUGAACGCCAUCACGAUUAAGAAUGCAGAGCCAUUACCGCGUAUAGAUGAUUUGCUAGAUCGAGUUCAGGGGUGCAGAUAUUUCUCGAAGAUAGAUCUAAAAUCAGGGUACCAUCAGAUAGAGGUCCAACCUGACGAUCAGUAUAAGACGGCGUUCAGGACAAGGUAUGGGCAUUACGAGUUCAUAGUGAUGCCAUUUGGACUUACUAAUGCACCCGCAACAUUUCAGCGCUGUAUGAACGACUUGUUUAGACCUUGGCUAGAUAGGUUCGUCGUAGUUUACCUGGACGAUAUCCUAAUGUUCAGCAAGACCCUCGAGGAACAUGAGGGCCAUCUACGACAGAUUCUAAGUAAGCUCAGAGAGUCUAACUUUAAGAUUAACCCGAAGAAGUGCGAAUGGGCCAAGACACAUGUCCUUCACCUAGGCCAUGUACUAGACGGCGAUGGCAUUCGGCCUGAGGACAGCAAGAUAGCAUCCAUCAGAGAUUGGCCAACUCCUAAGACACUAACAGAGUUGCGUUCUUUCUUAGGACUGGCUAACUACUACAGGAAGUUCGUGAGGAACUUCUCUACGAUCGCUGCUCCCCUUCKUAGACUAUUGAAGAAAGAAGCUAUCUGGAAGUGGGAUYAGGAUUGUACGUSAGCCUUCAAGAAAUUGAAGAAGGCUUUGAUAGAGUACCCUGUUCUCAAAGUUGUCGAUCCAUCAUUGCCAUUUGUUGUUACUACAGACGCGAGUCAGUAUGGCAUAGGUGUCGUUCUACAGCAAGAUGACAGCAACGGGUAUAGGCCCGUAGAGUUCAUGUCAGCCAGGCUGCCUUCAGAGAAAGUCGCCGCAUCGACAUACGAGAGGGAACUCUACGCUCUCAGGCAGGCUUUAGAGCACUGGAAACACUACCUGCUUGGGAGGCACUUCAAGGUUUAUUCAGACCACGAGACUCUUAGAUGGCUAAAGACACAAGCCAAGAUGACGCCCAAGUUGACCAGAUGGGCUGCUGAGAUAGAUCAGUAUGACUUUGAGUUAAAACCCGUUAAAGGCAAGUACAACGUGGUAGCAGAUGCGCUAAGCAGGGGAUCUGAUUAUUUCGGUGCGAUAGUACACUAUCUAGACAUAGGGGCCGAUCUGCAGCAGAAAGUAAGAGAUGCCUAUGCACAGGACCCAAUCUACAGUAUGCUGCUCAAAAGAGUAAAGGAAGCCCCAGAUAGUGAGCCACACUACCGGACCACGAAUGGGCUACUGUUUGAAAAGACUAAUGUCGCUGACAUGCUAUGCGUCCCCAAUAGUGAAGAGAUCCGUAGUCUGAUCUUAGGGGAAUGCCACGAUACAGAAGGGCACUUUGGAUGGCAGAAGACUUUAGCUAACCUGGUGAUGUCCUAUACUGCCACAACAGCAGCAGUGCCACGUCAGCACUGCCCCGCCACCAUGACGAUUCCAGCUUUGGGCAUGCCAGGCCAACUGGCCAACGAGUCCACAGCCUCGUACCGACAGCGGCUCCUAGCUCAGCUGGCACGGGUCGAGGCUGAGGAAGAGCGCGAGGUGGCAGCCGAGGCUGCCCGCCUACAGGCUGAGGCAGAGGCAGCAGCUGAAAAGCAGCGGCUGCAAGCCGAAGCAGAAGCAGAUGCCCAGGCCCUCCGCAAGGAGGCCCAAGAGCUGCUGCAGUGGCACGAAACCACCAACAUCGACAAGCUCAAGUUCUGGCAUUUUGAACCAUCCGCCGGCCGCAACAACACAACACCGGAAGGGCAACACAAGGAGUUUUUCUCCAAACUCGUGACACGGUUGGUUUACACUUGUAACCACCAACAGGCCGAGGUAGAGAAAAAACACCAGGAACUGGCGAAUCUCCGACAGGCAGUGCAGAACCUCAAGGAUCUGCACGAGGGUGCUACACGGCCACUUCAUUCCCGUGUACAGGACUUGGAGCAAGUUGCACCAAGACCGGAUGCUGGCGAGUCCAGCAGUGCACCCUCUACUCGCCAAUUGGAGGAACGAGUUGACCACGUCGUCGCAAUGUUCGGCGACAUCAGCACCUUCGCUGCACCAGCCACCAUCAGCAAGCAGAUGGACACCUUGAAGACCGAGGUUCAGCAAAUGCACCAGCUUCCCAACAAGGAUGGCAACACCAAUGCGCAGCACUACAAGAUGCCAACAUUCCGCAUCGAAAAGUUCGAUGAUUAUACGCAUCAAGACCCGGUCCCCUGGUGGGAGGGCUUUACGACGGAACUUCGGAUUCUUUUUGUCCCCGAGCACUCGUAUAUCGGCGCGUUGUUCCUCGACUCAAAGGACGGAUGCCAAAUCUGGCUCAGCCACCCGGCAACCAUCCAAUGCGUCCAGGUCGCCGAUCUACAUAAGAAGAUCUCUUGGGAAGAAUUGUCGUGGCUAUGGAAGAAGCGGUUCAUCGUGGACGCGCCCCGACACUCGCCAUCAGCCGCCUCUUCGCCAUGACCCAAGGCAACACACCGCCACGCGACUGGCUCCCGGAAUGGCAAAAGAUUGUGGCAACGCCCGAUCUCGAGCUGCCAUUUUCGCAUC